UGCAGCCACUGCCCCGGCCGAGCGCGGGCGGAAAACGAAACCGCAGGCCGCUUCGCGGGCGCUUUGUCUCCGGCGCUGCAAGCGGGACCCGGCGAGUGGCUUCAGUUCUGGCAGCGCCACGAACCGCACAAGUUCCCUAGUAGGACGGCUGGUUCACUCAUUCAGAAAGGCGCACCCACACGCGUGCAUUAACACACGCUCGGAGCGCACACGCACUGAUGCCCAAGCGAAUCCCCGAAUCACCAACUCAGACGUACGAACUUGCACCCAGUGCGCGCCCCACUCACGUACCCCAGGUUCCCACGGGAGCUGCCAUUGCGAUCGCCCUCAUUCACACACACGCCACUCUCAGAUCUGAACUAAAACAGCAAAGUCUCCUUAGAGCCCCCUCCCCCCACUCUCAACUCUGAAAUCCUUUUUUUUGGCCCCGCGGCCCCGAGUCCCCUUUUACAAGCGCAGGUUCUGAUUUCCUGAGAGAUGGCAAAGUCCCGGGCAGGAAGUUUACAAGGCUCAACGUAAACACGUUCCGGGGGAUCCUUUAAUAAUAAGAGUAGGGAAGCCUGCCGGCGCGGGGGGAGUUGGCCUGAUGCCCCUAUGGGCUCGGCCUGCCGCCGCCGCGGGGCCUCCCGACACUGCGCGCCAGGCCGGGUUCCGGAAAGCGGGCGGCGCUGGCGGGGAGAGCGGCAGGGAGCGGCCCUGACUGCGGGGUCGCGGCCGUGGAAAGCUGGUGCGUGAUGCAGCACCGUGCGCGAGAUCCAGCUAGACUCUGCGCGCCCGAAACCAGGACCAAGCUUGGCAGAGUGACAGAGUCCCAGCCUCUGCCACUGGCCUUUGUGCCCUUCUGGUAGGGCAGAACCCUGCAUAUGGGAUGAUAAUGAGGCCAUCACACAUGUGCAGAGAAUGAAGACAGCCACCGUAACAUGCCGAGCAUUAUUUAUGCAUCAACAGCCUUCAGCCACUAUCACAGGAAGAAAGGUGUGCUGCCUGGCCUGCUGGCUGGGCUUUCCUUCUGGGUACCUUGCUUCCAGUGGCCUGCUGGAGUGUGGCCAUAGCCCUGCCGGGCUUUGCAGCAUCCAAGAGAGAAUGGUGUUCCACCCUGCUGGCCUUCUCCAGGCCCAGGCUCCUUGGGGACAGAAUCUCUGUUGCAGACCAGUCUGGGAAACGUGAGUCUCUAGCAGAAUUCAGCGCUGGGGAAACCACUGCAAAAUUACUCCCUUCCUUCUCUGGAGGCCAGUGGACAAGAGAGCAUUGUGUAGGGUCAAAGCCCUCCUGUCACAAAAGGGCCUUUCAGAGAAGCUGAUGGGGUGGGCAGGACCCUGGCGGCUUGGGCUGCUGGGGACAUGCCUUAUCUUCCAUGUGCACUGGGAGCUGCAUGUAUGUGUGUAUGUGCACAAAUGUGUUCAUGUAUGUGUCUGUUCAUGUGCCUGCGUGUGUACAUGUGUGUAUGUAUUGUAUUUGUAUUUGUAUGUGUAUUUGUAUUGCGUGAAUGUGUAUGUUUGUGCAUGUGUGCACACGUGUGCACGUGUGUAUAUGUGUGUGUACAUGUGUGUGCUCGUGCGCACAUGUGUACGCACGUAUGUGUAUGCUGGGGACAGGGAGGUAGGUUUGUAUAUUUUCUAUAAACUGGGAUAGAACAGAGCACUAACAGGCUUCUCUGUGAGAAAGUCAUUUCCUUGUUGAACCAGACAUGGUAGGAUGGGUAGACAGUAUGACUGGAUUCCUGAAAGGUACAAGUAAGGCUGCCAGCCUCUAAGCUAAGCUCAGUUGUGGAGGCAGACAAGGCACUGGUAAGAAAUGUGGCCCCCUGGCCUGUAGACUCUGGAUCAGUCAGCUGUGUGACAGGUUACCCAUCCAAAUACUCAUUCACCCUGGAAAGAUCCAGAUACAUAUGUGCUCCCGAGGGAGGGCAGGCAUCUGGGAUGAAAGGAGGCUUGGAACCUCCCAAGUCUGAUUGUUGUGUGUCCCUGAGCAUGCUCUGGGGGAAGCUCUGCAGCAUAAUUGCUUUCUGCAGAGCAUGACCCACUGUGUAAUUAAGCUGAAUGCUGGCGGCUCGGAUCCCGGUACAGAAAUGAUUUCGUGUGCCCUCGGCGAUUACUCUGUCCCUUCCCUGGAACGAAAGUGCUGCUUCCGUUUCCCAUACAAAAUGGCUCCCAGACCAAGAGGAAGGGCAGCCUUCCCUGUUGCCUUGGCAAGAUGCUUGCUCUGACUGGCAGCUUCUGGAAAGGAAAGAUGGAGGGUGGAAGAGAAAGGGAUGUCCUCAAAGUGCAGUAACUGAGCUCCUGUGCUUCACCACCUUGGGAAAAAUACUCUGGCCAGAGGCAGCAUUGUGGAGCAGAUCCUUGCUGUCUGGCCCACAUUGGCCUCUCUAAGACGAACAGAAAUUAAUCCAUAUAUCCAAACUUCUCAAGCAGUAGGGUGGAGGUGGAAUAUUCCCUCUGGAGUACAGGCUGCCUGGAGACUGGCCCAGAGUGAAGUUGCUACAUGGUUCUACCCAGAAAGCCACACAGGAGAUGUCUUAGGGUUUCAAUUGCUGUGAAGAGACAGCAUAAUCAUGGCAACUCCUAUUAAGGAAAACAUUUAAUUUGGUGGCUUCUAGUUUCAGAGGUUUAGUCCAUUAUCAUCAUUGUGGGACA